GAGCAAAUGUGGCCUCUAGCGUGGACGAUGCUGUUGAUGGCGUCUGUGAUGACAGCUCUGGAAGGCAAGAGAAGCCACCCCACCAGAGUACCCGGCUCCGACCACCUCGUAGUGCAGACCGAGUUUCCUUACGCGUUUUGGCGGGCUUCGUCUCGACCCUCCACGCCGAGGGUCACCACCCCACACCACACAGAAGCUCCCAGUUAUCCAUAUUUUUAUGGCGAGGCGAAAGACGAUCCAGGUAAUGACCCAACUACCUGGCAGAUUAUGCCCAUUCAAAUACCUAACGAUCUAGUGAGCUACUCCAGUCAGCGGACACAACUAACAACCAGUCAAGUGCCAAGCUACCCGACUACUCCCACGCCUCAAUAUGGCCGCCACCCUGGCGUAACUGACCCUCCUCCUCUCUUCCACCCGGAGAGGCUCUACCGCGCCAGGAAUGAGAGUGACAAUAACAGACAGCCUGCGGGGGGCUCUUCCACACACCAAGUUCAUCGAUAUUCCAACGAAGAAAGUAACGUGCUGAGGGAUUCCUACAGUAGUUACCACGCUGAAUAUUCUAAACCACCCCAGAAAAUCGGUCAAACCGAGAAGCCCGAAGUCUCGUUACCAUGGCAUCAGAGUCUCUCUGCUGCCAUAGACUCUCAUUUGUCUAAGUUACCUGCUUUGCCCAAACUCCCCGAGUGGCCCCUGAGAGGGAAGCAAGACAAACACAAAAUACAGACAGAUACCCUAGCGGAAAAAUCUGACACUACGAGUAAUGAUGAACACGUUGUACACAAGUUCUAUCAUAUAAUUCCCGACGUGUACACGGCCUACCAGGAGACCCAGACGCCGGGGCAAAAUAACAUCCCUAACGAACCUCACCGCGAGCACAGCUACUCGAACAAUCAGUUCUCUGUGCAGAACAACCCAAACUACCCUAACGAUCAUGUUCUCCCUACUGCAGAUAAUAGGAACUUCACUAUCAAUCAAUAUUCCCAAAGUACCAACCAUAAUUACCAAAAUGGCAAUUCACCGUUCACCGAGCAAAUUCCUAGCAAUAACCAGCCUUUUUCAGCAAACAGAGCUGGAUAUGAACCUCACAAACACAAUAGUUACACCCAAGACGACCGUGUAGAAAGUGGACAGACAGAUCUCACGCAAAGUGGGCCACAAGCCACCGAAUUGUAUGCCACAGACAGCGAGUUUGACGAGACAUGGGAACAACGACGCCCGAACCAAAACCGUCCCACGAGACGCCAUCGUCGGCCAGGUCAUCCCAGCCCUUCGUAUCAGGGCCAACAACACAAAAAUAUCAUCAAAGAACGUCCCUAUACGGAUCAAAGAUGGCCCUCAAAUGAUGCAAAUCAUCCACUGCAUGAGCUGAACAGCCCAAUAAAAUCCCAUCUAAAUCUCUACCGAAAUCGUCCACAAAAGCCGACACGUCAAAGGACGAACCAAGCCAGCAGACCAGAAUUUGAACAAGCUUUCAGCAGUCAUGCACACCCUGAACAAGCUUUCAGCAGCCAUGCACACCCUGAACAAGCUUUCAGCAGUCAUGCACACCCUGAACAAGCUUUCAGCAGCCAUGCACACCCUGAACAAGCUUUCAGCAGCCAUGCACACCCUGAACAAGCUUUCAGCAGUCAUGCACACCCUGAACAAGCUUUCAGCAGUCAUGCACACCCUGAACAAGCUUUCAGCAGUCAUGCACACCCUGAACCUCAGGUCUCUCGCUAUCCUGCUCACGACAUGGAGGAACAGCAUCCUCGGCCCGCGUUCCUCGACCCGUCGAUCGUAGACAGGCUGGCGAGUCUUGAUCCUCUGUCGUCGACGGUGGUGCUGCCGGGAGGGCUGCUGGUGGUCGCCCUGGCACUCGCGGUCUUCUACUUCAACUACGUGUGGUACCCGACGCCGGUAGUCACAGCCAAGAUGGUCAAAGUGCUCUUAGAUGCGGCUCCGGCAGAUAUUAUCCUCGUUGACCAGGAGAAGACCAUUGAGGACGUGUACGAGGUGUUCCGGAGCCUGGAGGCGACCUACGCGCAGGACCAGAACCUCUGGUCACCAGCCUGUAAGAGCAGGUUGGUGUGUCAGGUUCAUCAAGAGCUUCCCGACCUCUGGCAGGUCACACAGGCUUAUGGUACUCUGGUCAGAUCUAGCUUGGCGUCGAACCCGGAGGGUGAUGGGGACUUCAACACGUACCUGCAGGCCGCCCAGCAAGGGACCGGGGACACCACCUGCAGCGACCACUACCCGGCCUGUGCCAUGCCCCCCGUGCCUGUCCGAGCCUCGCUACAGAGGCUCCUGGGCAUCGUGCAAGACGAGUACUCUGAUGUGGUCUACAGUUAGACUCGUCCUGCUCUCCUCAGGACAAGAAGAUGAAGCAUUUGGAUACGAACAGAAACGUUCGUCUCUGGGGGAAAAGUUUUGUCAAGAAAUUUCAAAAUUAUAGAAAAUUUCAUGGCUACUCUGCAUAUAAUGUAGAAUUAUAUAGUGUGCAACGAUUACAGAACAUUCGCAGCUUUAAGAAAAAAAGUAUAGUUUUUUAGCAUGGAAAAUCCUAAGUGGCAAUAGAGCGUAAUAUUUAAGGGUGUUCAAAUGCACCUGUUUCGCCUUCAAGUGACAGCAAAUCUAGGAAAAAAACGGUGAUUAAUAAGACAUGAGGAAAACGCAUGUCUAUUAAUUUUUGCCGAAGGGUUUAGUUAGCCUGCCACCUUCAUGGGCCAUUCAUGAAGCUGUCAGAUGUUCUCAAUACUUCGUAAAAUUUUCAUUCUAAAUGAAUAUCUAGAACCUGUCUAGAGUUCUCUAGACAUAACUCUAGACAGUGUAGAGAAUAUCUCUACACUGUCUAGAGUUUUAGGAGUUGACAGCUUUUACAAAUUAACUUAUCUGUGAAAUAUAUCAAGUGUGUACCUACCAAUAUAAUACAUAUUGGGCCUUAGUUCUUUUACAAGGCUAAAUGAUGACUGAAUAUGUUCGCGACACAUAAAGCUUUAAAUAUACUGUAUUGUAAAUACUACGAACCAAAGGCAUUCGAAUAUAGUUCAGAAUGGACAUCAACCUCUGUUAAAAAUCAGAGCUAAUAUCAUACUUUUAAGAUAUGAAUAUAAGUUAUGUGGCAUUAAACUAUAACCAAUCAGAAACCUCUUAAAAAUCAAAGGUACAGGUGAGGGCUAUUCAUAUAAGACUACUUAAGCCCAGAGUCAUCCAUGGAGCUGAGGCAGUGCGAAUACCACAACUCUUUCCAGGUCAAUUAAUUGAUUGACUGAGAAACAAUAUAGCUGGCACGGUAACGGCGUUCCCAGGCUGACGAUACACACCCAUUGACAAGAGAUGGUCGAAGAACUACACAAGGUAUAGAUUCAGGUCAACUCUCGUGUAGUUAUCUGUUGCGAAUAUCAGGUUACGUACUGUCAAAUGAGAGAAACAACCCAUGACCUUAAUCCUGUCACCGAAACAGAAUGUGGGAAAUGUCUCCAGCUCGGUUACGUACCAGCCUCACUCAUUUAGCUCAUCACCAAGGCAUGUAUGUAUUAUAUAUAUGCAUAAACCUUAAACUCAUCGGCAUAUAUGUAUUUACACCGAGAGAUGGACCCCGUUUUUCGUUGUAUAUACAAAGGGAGUUUAUUUUAGUCCUGAACUAUGUUCAGACUAAAGUAUACUUGCUAAGUUGGUCAGUAAGCUUUUGUGAUGGUCUUAACCAUCCAGAAGUUGAUAGCCUUAAGCUCAACACCAAAACCAAGUCAAUGGCACUUAAUGCAACAGAGAUCUGCUGCACCUUACUGUCAUAACUGCAUCGUCCCACUAACAGUCAAUCACCUUCUCUUGUUAAUGUGGUUCCUUCAACGUCGUCUGCCAUGCGUCUGUUGCUCUCAUAUUGGCAUACUGAAGGAUAUCUAGGCAUUUAUGAAUAUUGUGUUACACAAACGGGGCUAUGUAAAGGUCCGAGUUCAGUGGCCACUUGUCAUAAUUACUUCAUCGGGUGUUUGGACUCGCCUACCGAGUCCAUCCCUCGGCCCGUUAUACACUACUUUGUCAUGGUCAUUUCACACAACGUUGAGACACUCAACACAAGGAGGCACUCACAACAAAGACACACAAUGAGGCCUCACCGCUAUCCCCAGCUCAACGAACUGUAAGUGUGGCUGAGAAAGACUUUCUAACCACACACGACUUUUUGAUGUUAAGUUUAAGAAAGUGGUAAAGAAUCCAAGAACGUUUUUAACGCUAAGUUCGAAUAUAGAAAACUUUAACCAUAUGCAAAAUAACGGGUCAGUAUGUCCAAAUUGAAUCUUUAAGAUGGUGACAAUAAUAAUCAACAAAAAGGUUUAAAGAAGUGUUGGGGUUGAAUUGUUGUGUAAUGUGUAUACGCCUAUAAAAUUAAGGUAUG